AGUCCGGCAGUCCUGGAGGGCAGCCGGCGGUCCCGGCCAUGGCCACAGUGCGGGAGACGGCGGCCGCGCUCAACCUCUCUGCCCAGCACAGCCCGACGCAGAGGCCUCCGGAUACAUAUCCAGUUUGUCCAGCAGCAUUUGCUGAAGAGGCUGUCUUUUCUCCAGUUUCAGUGUGGCCCAGAAGCCAUUUGGAGCCACAUACGUGUGGAGCAGCAUUAUAACCACCCUUCAGACACAAGUGGAGGUGAAGAAACGAAGGCACCAUUUAAAACAUCACAAUGACUGCUUUGUUGGCUCAGAUGCUGUAGAUGUCAUUUAUUCUCACCUCAUUCAGAAUAAGUACUUUGGUGAUGUGGACAUUCCUCGGGCCAAAGUGGUGAGAGUGUGUCAAGCACUUAUGGAUUAUAAAGUAUUUGAAGCAGUUCCAACCAAAGUCUUUGGAAAAGACAAAAAACCUGCAUUUGAAGAUAGUAGUUGCAGCCUUUAUAGAUUCACAACAGCAUCUAGUCAAGACGGUCAGUCAGGCAAAGAGAACAGUGUAUACUCAGCUUCCAGGUACUCAGAUGCAUUACUUAAGUCAUCUGAAAUCAAGUCGGACAGUUUAGAAGAUCUGUUGGAAAAUCUGAGUUUAAAGCCUACUAACUCCUCUCAUGUAAAUAUCUCUGCAACCUUGUCUCCACAAGUUAUUAAUGAAGUAUGGCAAGAAGAAACAAUUGGGCGUCUACUACAACUUGUAGAUCUUCCAUUUCUUGACUCCUUACUCAAACAGCAAGAGGUUGAACCUAAAGUUCCUCAAUCUAAGAAACAGCCUGACAUGAUCAACACCAGUAGCUGUCUGGACCGGAGGAUUCUCAAGGCCUAUAGUGACUCUCAGGAAGAUGAGUGGCUCUCCGCUGCAACUGACUGCUUGGAUUACCUGCCGGGCCAGAUGGUGGUGGACAUAAGCAGGAACUUUCCUGAGCAACCAGACAGAACAGACUUAGUGAAGGAACUUCUAUUUGAUGCUAUUGCCAAAUACUAUAGCAAUCGGGAACCUCUAUUAAAUCACUUAUCUGAUGUUCAUAAUGGGAUUGCAGAACUCCUUGUAAAUGGGAAGAAUGAAAUAGCAUUAGAAGCUACUCAGCUCUUUCUGAAGCUUCUGAAUUCUCAAAAUAGAGAAGAAUUUCGAAGAUUGCUGUAUUUCAUGGCUAUUGCUGCACAUCCUUCUGAAUUUAAAUUACAGAAAGAAAGCGACAAUCGGAUGGCUGUGAAAAGGAUAUUUUCCAAAGCUAUCGUCAACAAUAAACACUUAUCAAAAGGCAAAACGGAUCUGCUAGUGCUCUUUUUAAUGGAUCACCAAAAGGAUGUUUUCAAGAUUCCUGGAACUCUACAUAAAAUUGUUAGCAUUAAGCUUCUGGCCUUACAGAAGGGAAGAGAUCCAAGUAUAGACCCAGGCUAUAUUUAUUGCCAGAGAAUUGAUCGAAAUGACUACUCCAGGAUUACCCAGCGCACAACCAAAGAGGAAAUGUUGAGUUUACUAAAGAGUAUUGAUGAAGAUUCAAAGCUGUCUGCCAAAGACAAGAAGAAACUGCUAGGUCAGUUCUCAAAGUGUCAUCCCGACAUCUUUAACGAGUAUUUUGGAGACUGAGUUUCUAAAGUAUGUGUAUAACUUGUGUACUUAAAGGACAAAUUGUGUAUCUUAAGAUUCAAAAGAUUAAAAAGAUGAAUAUAUAAAAAUUUUAAAAUAUUCAAUCAGGGUCUGGAGAAAUGGCUUAGUGGUUAAGGUGCUUGCCUACAAAGCCAAAGGACCCAGGUUCA